CCGUAAGCACUUCCCUGACAACCGCUACUUCAACAUUUCUUUUCAUGAAACUAUCUCAGGGAGAUGAGAGCAGACUGACACAGCCGCCCUCCUCUCUCACCCGACCAAGGCAUCACCGACAUGCCCGGCAAGGCAGAACGCACUUAGGUUAGCCGGUGUGGCUAUAGUCGGUUCAGCGACAUAUUUACAGUCUUUUUGUUUUCAAAUAUUCGACGGCUGUGCAUUUUAGCCAUAAGGGCUGGUGUGUGUCUGAACAUAAUCAGCCAUGGCAUCAGCAAACGUUGCGUUGGAAAAUCAGCUGCACAGUGCGCAGAAAAACCUGCUCUUCCUCCAGCAGGACCAUGCCAACACGUUGAAGGGGCUACAUGCAGAGAUCCGCAGACUACAACAGCAAUGCACAGACUUGACAUACGAGCUCACUGUUAGAAGCUCUGACCCCUCAGACAGCAGUGAGGUCCGAUGCAGGGAGCUGCAGAGGAGGUGUGAGGAGCUGGAGGCCGAGCUGAAGAAGAAGGAGGAGGAGAACACAGAGCUGCUUAGAGACCUGGAGCAGAAGAACGCCAUGAUCUCUGUCCUGGAAAACACCAUCAAAGAGAGGGAGAAGAAGUACCUGGAGGAGCUUAAGAUGAAGAGCCAUAAGCUGGCUGUUUUGUCCGGGGAGCUUGAGCAGAGAGCGAGUACCAUUGCUUACCUUACCUCACAGCUUCACGCCACCAAGAAGAAGCUGUUAGCCGGCAGCUCCUCUGAGGCCAGCCCCAACGUCAGCCCAGUCACCUCGUACAAGCCCACGCCUCCACCUAAGGACAGGCAGCCUGAAACCCCACGGCGCCGCAUGAAGAAGAGCCUCUCCCAGCCUCUUCACCCUGAGCUGACAGAGGUGUACCGGCUCGGCUCAGACGGUAGGCGGCUGGUCCUGAGGGAGACAGUGGAUGCCAUGCCCGACCCAACACCCUUCCUGCAAGCUGGGAAAGAGUCUCCUGAACCGCAGGUGGUGCGAGAGCGGCCUGCUGUUAUCCCUCCUAUUUCCUCUGAGCGCUCCCCUGUCCCUCCCCUGGGUGCUACGGCCAGCCCUCGCCACAGCCCUGCUCGGGACCGUCAGCACAGGGCUCAUGUAGGCGUGGCACACCGCAUCCCACAUGGCACCCCUCCCCUGGCCCCACCGCAGGCAGAGCUGGAGACACUGGCAGUGGACCAGGUCAACGAGGAGAAGGUCGUGAGGAAGCGUUCUGGAGCCGACAGGACAGUUUAACACUGCAAACACGCACAUGAAUGCACACACAUAUCUACUGUAUACACAAAACAUACACUACACCGCAAGAGCAGGAAGAAGCCUGACCCACUGUGUAGCCUGCUUUUUACGCAACACUGCAAUGUGAAAAGAAAAAGAAUUUACAAAAUGAUCAUUUUGUUUAUGGUGUUCCAUAAAAACUUGUUUUUCUUAAUGUACAGUUGAAAAGGACUACUAUACAGCAUGCCAAAUGUUUCUUAUUUUCAACCUAACGAGAUCUUGUAUUAUACACAUCUUGAUUUUUUGCUUCGACUUUCACGUCAUUCUGUUAUAUGUGGUGCAUACAACAAAUUCUCAGCCAAAUAUCUGCAUCAGUGCCUGCUCGGUUCAACCAUACACAAGCUGUGUAGUGUAGUCAUGGCUAAUAGUUAACUCUACAUAUCUCUGUCUUUUCAACAAUAGUCUGGGCAUAUCAACAAACUACAGUAUAUAACAAGAUAUCUGCAGCUGCAUAGGCUAGAAAUUAAAUUAUUAAACAAAUACUCCUCGAAUGUCUUUCAUCUUCUUGCGAUAUGAGUAUAAUAAUGUUACUAUAGGUAUGAGCUGCAUAAUGUGCAAUUGAAAUUUGCUGGUUCUCACGUUGAAAGAACUGUAAUUUUACUUUUCUUUUGCUGACUGGCAAAAACCGCAGAGGUGUAUAUGUUUAAAUGCAGUGUGAAAUGAUGAACAGGCGUUUGUUUGUGUGUGCGCGUGUGCAAGAGAGAGAGAAUGUGUGUUUGUGUUUCGGAGAGAGAUGACGAAGGCCAACUGAGAGAGUUAAGUUUUGGCUUGAACAAUAUUCACUGUUGUUAUUUGUGAUACAAGGGCAUUUUUGAAAACAGUGCUGUAAUAGGAUUUUGUGAUAUAAUUAACAGUACUUUAUAAAGCCUGUACAUUUGUAUUGAAUCCUUUUUUUAAUUUAUUGUUUAAUAGAGAACACAACAGCACCUCAGAUAUUGAAAGUAGUUAGCACAGCACCAACAUGACAGUAAUUAUUAUCACUUAAUAACCUGCUUUUCACAUUAACAUCACUUGUCCUUGAAGUAUAUAAAUCAAUACAAUAAAGCAAUGCUUUUUUUUGGUUUGGCUA